UGGAGGGUGAACAAUCUAUGAACACAACUGAUCUUAUCAUUAUGGUCCUUGUGAUGCUGCUACGGUGGCUUACGCAGGAUUGGUCACUCGAAGAAGCUAUUAGCAAGGGUGAUUCGAUUUAUGAACGCAUCACAGAGGAUAAGGAAAAGAUUCUAGAAACUCAAGAUGAAGACUAA